GCCGCCACGUGAGCGGCGUGCCGGUCACACACAGCGUUAUCCCAUCCACGCGCGCCCCUGGCCGCAUGUCUGGGCGCCCCAGGCUGGAGUAUAUUGGCCCGUCGCUGCGCCAGUGCUGAACGCUUUUCUUCAGACAGAGUUGGCAAGCGCAGACAGACAGAGCUUGAGAGAGCGCGCGCGAGAUGGCAGCCUCCAUGAUCACCUCGCCGAUUGUGGCGCCGACGAGCGUCCCCUCCCUCUCCCGCCGGGGUUCCUCCUUCGCCGUCGUCUGCAGCGGUGGCAAGAAGAUCAAGGUCGACAAGCCCCUUGGACUUGGAGGCGGCUUGACAGUCGACAUCGACGCCAACGGCAGGAAGGUGGGCAAGAAGGGCGUGUACCAGUUCGUUGACAAGUACGGCGCCAACGUCGACGGCUACAGCCCAAUCUACACGCCAGAGGAAUGGUCUGAAUCUGGUGACCGCUACGCCGGCGGAACGACCGGGCUUCUUAUCUGGGCCGUCACCCUCGCCGGCCUCCUCGGCGGCGGCGUCCUCCUCGUCUACAACACCAGCGCUCUCGCCGGCUAAGAGAGCAUCUACGUGUAACACAGGGCCGGGUCUCUGCUUGCAUGCACGUCUCUGUAAUCUACAUAGCUACCUCCUGUGAAUGUAUGCAAUCAACGAUGCAAAGUAAUUGAUCCGAACAGAUGGUUUAUGUGUAUGUACGUAACGCUGUAACGAUAUACUUCCUACUUUGGAAACUGUAAAAGGGUGGAUUCUUGGA